UUUUACACAUUCCGGGUACUCAUCAUUGGCGGGAAACUAAGACCAGCUGAGAAAUCCAAGUGAAAGUUUUUGUAUUUAAAGCAGUUUGAAGAGUUAACAUGUGUGGAAGGAAGGCCUGUGCCCUUGCGCCAGAUUGUAUCAGGAAGGCGUGCAGGUUCAGAGACAAGCAGGGGAAACAACACCAGCCUGCCUGGAGAGAUGCACCAAAUGGGAAGGGUUUUCACCCCUCGUAUAACAUUGCUCCUGGUGCUUACACUCCGGUGUUGUUGUCGUCCAAGCAUUUUCCUGAUGGGGAAUGUGAAAGUCCUAGAGUGAUUCAGCCAAUGAUGUGGGGCCUAAUUCCUUCCUGGCAUAAGGGCCAGGCAUCAGACAAGGUGUACGAGACUAACAACUGUCGUUCGGAGGGGAUGCUUGAAAAGGCAACAUACAAGGUGCCUUUACAGAAGGGCCGCAGAUGUGUCGUCCUUGCUGAAGGUUUCUAUGAGUGGAAGAGAGAAAAAUCAUCGAAACAACCCUACUACAUAUACUUCCCUCAGACCAGCGAUGUCAAGAUCAAAGGUGAACCCACAGAGGUCAAGUGUGAACCAAAGGUCAAGCAAGAGGUCAGUGGUGAACCAAAGGUCAAACAAGAGGUCAGUGGUGAACCACAGGUCAAGCAAGAGGUCAGUGGUGAACCACAGGUCAAGCAAGAUGUCCAAGCAGAACAAGAUGUCGAGCAGAAAGUGGAAGAAAAACCAAAAGAGGUGCAACAGGAAGCACAAAACGUGAAAGAGGAGACAACAGAGGGGGAUAAAGCUGAAAAAGGUGAUGAUGCAGGUCCUCGACUGUUGACCAUGGCUGGUGUGUUUGAUGUUUGGAAGCCAAACUCACACAGUGAACCAGUGUACUCAUACAGUGUGAUCACAGUGCCAAGUUCUCCGGCCAUGUCUGAGAUACAUCACAGAAUGCCAGCCAUCCUGUCCAACGAUGACGAGAUUGAACAGUGGCUCAACUUUGGAGACGUCCCUCUAAACAAGGCAGUUAGUGUUAUCCGACCAGUGACAUGCAUAGAGAUGCAUCCUGUCUCAACUGUUGUGAACAACUCCCGAAAUAACACGCCGGACUGUGUUAAGAAGAUUGACCUCAGUAAGCCAAAGAAGUCGUUAGGAAAUACAUUAUUGAAGGCAUGGCUUUCAAAACAUCAAGAAAGCAAGGCAGAAGAAUCCCCGGAGAAGAAAACCUUGAUGGCACAGCCUUCACAACAUAAAGAAGUGGAGACUGAAGAACCUCCAGCCAAAAAGAUCAGAAGAAGCUUGAGUCAAGAUCAACUCAGUUCCGAAGAUAAAGACCAAAUGACCUCCAGUCUUGAAAUAACCUCCAGCCAAGUGUUUGAAGAUCAAAAAGCAUCCAGCAUAGAAGAUAUUGACGAAAUAAUCUCAAGCCAAGAAGAUAUUAUGGACGGAAUAAGCUCCAGUCAAGAAGAUAUUAUUGACAAAAUAAUCUCGAGCCAACAAGAUAUUAACAAAAAUAUCACAAGUGAGGAAGAUAAAAACAAAAUGAUUUCAAGCCAAGUACCAGUAUUUCAAUAUGGAGGAUCCUCUAGCCAAGAAGAUCUGGAAAGAUUGAUCUCCAGUCUAGAUCAAGACGAAAGAACCACCACCCAAGAAUAUCUGGAGAAAAUUAUCUCCAGCGUAGAAGGUCAAGAAGAAAGAACCACCACCCAAGAAGAUCUGGAGAGAAUUAUCUCCAGCGUAGAAGAUCAAGAAGAAAGAUCCACCCAAGAAGAUCUGGAGAGAAUUAUCUCCAGCAUAGAAGAUCAAGAAGAAGAAACAUCCAGACAAGAAGAUGACAGAAUAAACCCCAGCCAAAACCCAGACAAAAGGCCCUCUAGACAGGUAGAUGAAGACCAAACAACCUCCAGCCAAGUACUUCAGGGCAGAACCUCAGGCCUAGACGAUCAAGCCUGAAACUACCUGACAUUAUAAGCUGUUCCAUGACUAUAAAGUUGACACUGAAGAUUCCAUUUAAAGCUUUUUCAAAAAGUGAUUUUAUAAAGUUUAUUUACAAAUGGGUAGAAUCCAAAGACGUGUACAUGUUGAUCAAUCUCCAAAAUUAAUAAUCACAGUGUUUCUUUGAAUUAUGGCAUAAUUAGUGUCCAUGGGAUAGCUGCAUAUGGGGGGGUGGGUUGGGAAUUACUUGGAUGGGAUCGGAACAGCUUACAGUUUGCUUUUUAAGUUGACUUCAUUUAUUUUAGCUAGAUGAUUCAUUACCGGGAUAGGGUGGGAUAGGUUUAAGGUUUGCUUUUUAAGUUGACUUCAUUUAUUUUAGCUAGAUGAUUCAUUACUGGGAUGAGAUGGGAUAGGCUUAUGGUGUGCUUUUUAAGUUGACUUCAUUUAUUUUAGCUAGAUGAUUCAUUACUGGGAAUGAUGGGCUAGGCUUACAGUUUGAUUUUUAAGUUGGCUUCAUUUAUUUUUGCGAGAUGAUUCAUUACUGGGAUGGGAUGGGUUAGACUUAUGGUGUGCUUUUUAAGUUGACUUCAUUUAUUUUUGCGAGAUGAUUUAUUACUGGGAUGGGAUGGGUUAGACUUAUGGUGUGCUUUUUAAGUUGACUUCAUUUAUUUUUGCUAGAUAAUUUGUUACUGGGAUGUGCUUACAGUUUAAGGAUACAGUGUUAUGAUGGGAUACACAAAUGUAGGUUUUCAGUUGAUUUUUAAGCUGACUUCUUUUUUUUAGCUAGGUGACCCAUUUAAACAUUGGUUAGUAGAUAAAUAUUGACUAAUCAAUACUUUUUUUAUUAUUUGACCAAACGGGAUACUUUUUUAUACAAUUUGAGGCUAAACCAAUGGGUCAUGCUGAAGUGAUUGGCAUUAUACUCACCAGUUGUGUUCUUUUUAAGUUUUAUUAUCUCACAUUUUGUCGAUAUAUAUUUUUAGUUGACUAUUAUUUUGUUCAGCUGUUUUAUUACAUGUCACAUAAUUUUAUUAUUUAAGCACUUUUUUUAUUGUAGAACUUUGUUUAGGCGACUUGGAUUGUUACUUAUCUUUUGUGUUUGAUAAUUAUGUGUAAAGUGAUUACACCAAUGAUUUAACUAUUCAGGGUCUCCCACUUGCCAUUGCGGAAAUGUUUUGUGAUAAUUUUUUUCUUACUUUUCUGGUGAAAUGUUAUGUAGAUUAGUGAACAUUGUCAUUUAAAUCUGCACUCUCACAGAUAUACCAUUUUUACAACUUUUUUUUUUUUGUCUUGGAAACAGCAAAUUUUUGCGUAAAUAUCUGCACGCCAAUGAUAUACGACUGCUGACAGUAUUGCAGAUUUCAUAUUUCCUUUCGAAAAUUAACAUUUUAUGGCUUAAACCUAAUGGUUUAAGAAAAAUGCAUAAAACAUCAAUUUUUGAAUUUAAUACAAAAUUAUGCGAUCUAUUUUUAGCUCUACUGGCCAAAGGCCAGAAGAGCUUAUGCGAUGGUAAUGUGUACGUAGUAUGUGCAUCUGUAAACAUUUGCUUGUGAACACAAUACAGUCAUCAGUUUUGAUUGUAUCUCGAUGAAACUUGUACAGUAUUUAGAUAUCGAUUAGAGCUCGGUUCCUUUCAAAAACCAGCCAGAUCCGCCCAUGCAUGCCUAGAUUAUGGGCCUUGAAAGUUUAAAAAAAAAAUGCUAUUUUUAGCUAACCUAGUUUUAGCCAGGUCUGCAUGAGCGAAUUCUUUUUUUAGCCAAGUUUACAUGUAAAGUCAAGUCUAUGAUUAAAGGGAGACCAGUUGCUUUUGGGUUCUGCAGUUGAUUUUGUGAAUUACUCUGCCUUGUUCUUGUUGAAAGCCCAAAGGCCAUUUUUUAGCACUUUUAGUGUCUGUAGUUCGCACAUUCAUCUAAACAAAAUUGGUUUUGAAUGUUAGUUCAAAUUAUGCACCUGGGGUCAUUACUGGCCACGCCCAGGGUUCACAGGUUUGGUAAACUUAAAUUGGGAAAUGUUUGAAAAUCUUUUUGUGUGUUCGCGCAUUCUUCUCCGCACAAUUGCUUGUGAAUGUUUGUUCAAAUUAUGCCCCUGGGGGUCAUUACUGGCCAUUCCCAGGAGUUCACAGGUUUUGUAUACUUAAAUUGGGAAUGUUUGAAAAUCUUUUUGUCUGAACCAGCUAUGCAGACAAUUGCUAUUUUGAAAAAGGCACAAAUAAGUGGUCUGCUACCAUGGUUGUUCAAAUUAUGACCCUGGGGUCAAAACUGGCACUGUCCCGGAGGUCACAAGUUUUCUAAAGACUUGUUUAAGAUUUUUUUCAAAAUCUCGUUUCAAACCACAAGGCUCAUACCUUGAUAUUUGUUUUGGAGCAUCAUUUGAUGACUGUCAAGCAAAAACAGUUGAAAAUAUGCCCCUGGGGCUAAAGCUUCUUUUUUAUUUUUAAAGCUACAGCAAUGAUAUUUAGACCAUGUCUACAGUUUUGCAAAUGAGCAUCAAUGUUGUCCUCGGAUGCCCUUGACUUCGACCUUUUGACCAACUUUUUUUAUUUUUAAAACUACAGAAAUUUUGACCAUGAGUACUGUUUCGAAAGCAUUUUUUUUGUCAGAUGACAUUUACUUGGCACAUACUAAAAUAGUUCAUGCAACUAAUCUGCAUACAACAUUUUCUGUCCUCAGAUGUUGAACGUGCAACGUUUUCAGGUAACCCAAGCACAAAACAUGAACUAUAUGUCUGUUGCCUUUUCCCAAUACAUACAUGCUCUGGAUUAAAAAUGACCACAAGAGCCAUGCCAGUAGAGCAUAGGCCCUUAUGGGCCUCUUGUUUUGUCAUCAGUCUUAUAUAACUGGUUUCCAUGGAUUACCAUAUAAAUUGGCUUGUUCCAAAAAGAAAUAAAAAAGUUGUCAAAACGUUCAAUCUGUGAGAGUGGAGCUUUAAGUUUACUUUUUUGGGUUGAAAUUGAUGCCCUUAUGUUAAUAGUUAGAUAUCCCUUGUGAUACAGGUGGAACCUGUUUUGUUACUGUUAUGUCGAUAAUAAGUUCAGUUACGGGUUGGUACUGUAGUACGGCACAUGUGCAUUUUUAAAUAUGAAAACUGUUUGUUGUUGUUGUUGAAAACAAAAAUUAGAAAUUUUUAGAUACUUUUGUUUUAAUAAAUGAUUCGUUUGUGUCCAGGUAGACAAUAAAAAAUAUA